UUGAUCCCGUUUCAAACUAGAGGGAGAGGGGGAGAGGUUGGAGGCGAGAUGGCGGCCGCCAUGCAGUGCAGCAAAUGCACGGCUGAAAGGAAAGGGUUUCGGCGGGAACUCGAUUCUUGGCGGCACACACUGAUACACUGCGUCGGGUUUGAAAGUAUCCUGACGGGAAUCUAUGGCCCGAUGCUGCUGAAAGACCUUAAUUUAUUUGUGGACUGUGAACCGGAUGAGGUGGACGACUGGUCAGCACAAGCAAGCCUCUCGCAGUGUUUGUUCUGUAACCUGCCACUGGACAAACUCAAUGACCAAGUACCUGCAGCUGCGUCUCCCGCCUCCUCCCCUUCUGAUUACUCCCCUUGUCAAACCUCAACCAUAUCCGAGAGCAGCCAAUCAGCACACAGGUUCCUUCAAGCUGUGUUUCAAAAGAAAGACGUGACCCUAGAUUGUGAUCCCAAGAUACCUUUGCUUGCUCAGGAGCUGAUGAAGAAGAUGAUACGUCAGUUUGCCGAGGAGUACAUGUCCAAGUGCCAGCUCAGUACCCCAACAAACGGUGUUACAAGACCCUCCUCUCCAUCUUCGCAGACAUCAGACGGUCCUCUGGAUCUCACAGUGAACCGAAGAAGCGAGGAGAGAGAAAGCGAGCCUGAAACAGGUGGCGUGUUGGAUCUCUCAAAACGAAACCCGGCGAGCACUGCAACAUCGUCAUCCAAUCACGACGCCUUAGGUUCCUGGCUGCCAUCUGUUGCAGAAGAAGGGAGAGUUGCGGGACAGCGAGGGAAUACGUCUCACAGACGUUCUGCUUUGGAGGCCGUUCUACGUUUUCUCUGCCCAGCACACCAGUCCUUAAUCUACAAAAUCUUUAAAUUGGCUCAUCAGGAAAGGUUGCUCCCGCCCCACAACCACAGACCCUGUACUGUCCCGAACAGAGAGCGGAGUCCUUCCCCUCCUCGUCUUUCACCUAUUCCACAGCACAUCGGUAAGAAAGUGGAUGAAAAGCCGCCGUCGCUUUACCAUCACGCACAGGACAAGGAAGCCGACCUGAUGGUUAAAAACAGUCAGAGGAGUCCUCGCCGCAGGACAGCAGGCCUGGAUGGAGCCGCUGAGCUCCAGCGUAGGACUGUAGGACACGAACGGGCUGAACAGAACGCAGAGGAAACUUUGCUGCAGGACGUUGUCCGUCGCUUCAAUCGCAAACUGGAGGCCAUCACAUCAGGGGACAAAGACCCUGCCAUUGUCUCCGCAGCCGUUUCUGAGGAACAGUCCCAGCGUCCCUCAACCAGCGAGCCGUUCCCUGUCGAUGUCCCUCAGACUGAAACCAGCACAGCACUCCACACGGGCGGGGCCAGCGACGACCUUAGCGAGCAGCUCCACCGCCGUCAGGACGAAGAGCCAAAGUCACCCAACACGCGUUCCCGGCGGCGGCAGGAAGCCCAGGUCGCUGUUGCAACACCUGCCGACGCGGCUCGCCCCAGGAGGAAUACCUCAGCAGUGAAAAGGAAGUUCGCCAAGCUUGAUCCGUCGUGCGGUCGGAGAAACGGGACAAAAGCGAAGAAAGGAAGGCUGAAAGAAGAGAACACGUCUGUAGCUACAUCCAGCACGUCGUCAGAGCCAGAUCUACUCAAAGAGGCUUCUGAAAGAAAGACCGAAGCAAGAGCAGAGCUUGUGAAGAAUCAUGGAGUUAACGAGGGAACACUGAGCACAGUGUCUGCUCAAAGUGACAGGGGAAAAGAGGAAGAGACAAAGGCAGCGAUGGGAACAGAUGAACUACCGACUGUAAAAGAAGAGAGGGAAGGCGAAACGGGUGUUGACAAAAGGGACCGUCCCAUUUCUGCUAUUAGACAUGCCCCCGAGCUGCAGAGCACACGUGGAAAACAAGCCCCAAAGGCCGACUAUGUGCCAACACCUGCAGCAUCAAUGACUCCCACUUGUGCUACACAGAUUCCCCGUCUCUGCACCGAAGGCUGUGGGUGGCGCCAUGAAGAAGCCACGUCGGUUCAACACUUGGAUUCAGGCAGUUUUCCUGUGAGUGAGGGGCAGAAAUGUAAGUCACAUCAGUCCGCGGGAGUAAGGAAGUCUAUGAGGAACAUCAACCCCCCUCAGUGGAUUUCUGACUACGUCAUAUCUCCCCCCGUUUUUCACGGCUCAUCCGUAGAAACUGAUGGCACCCGGGCGAAAGUAGACAGCAGAUCCCCUCUGGACCCACAAGAACACAAAGGGAACCUUACCUUUGAGCCAACACCAAAGGAAGCAGGUACACAGGUAAAAGGUAAAUGUCAGGGCCUGCAGAAAACUGUGGCCAUUGAAAAAAAGAGUUCUCCAGUGAACAGCCCUGAAAAGGAAACGGGUGGCAACGACUGUCCUGCAUACAGAACGCGCCAGUCGUCUACAAGAAGUCCACCGGCUUUGAAGAGCCUUCAGAACACGCUAGAUGGCUGCAGCCCUACUAGCCCCAAAAGUCAGUAUGUUAGCCCAAUAAGGAUCAUGUUCGUAUCCCCUGUAAAGGACAAUGAAGGAGUUAAAUAUAGUCUCAAAUCAGCAAGUUCUGGUUUUAGUCUAGAAACAGAGGAGCCGUUUGACCCAUGUGUCGAGUCCUCGUGGUCAGGGACGCCUCAGAAGCACAAAAGUGAAAGCAAGGAGCGGCCAGUAUCACCGACAAAGAAGAGUCCUUCACCAGCUAAAGCCUCUAGUAUAUCAUCACCUGCCAAGUCACCAAAGUGUCAAGCUUCGCCUCGGUCUGCCGCGUCAUCGCCUAAACCCAGGUCAAGAACAUCCGGUGACAGCACUCCAUCCAAACGUUUGUUUGAAACUGAGAACCAGCGAUCGCCACGAGAGUCGGUGUCCCUCUGUGAAACCACUCCUCCAAAGCGAAGACCCGGCCGACCGAGAAAGCUGGGACCGCAGCUGGAACAAAAAGCAAAGCGGCCCAUUGGCCGGCCACGAAAGCAGAAGCAAGCGGAUGCUGUAACAGAGUCUAAGUCGCCAAAUGGGAAAUUUUCCAGAACCGACGCUGACGACGACGUCACCAAGAACCUCAAAAUAACCGUGGUGUACGGCCGUUCCAGGAGAAACAAGCGAGUGGUGUCGGAGAGUUUUGACCAGCUCCAGACGCACUUCAAGAACGCUUGUAACGCCGUGUGUCUCAAAAGUGACCUGGGCCUUUCGUUGCACUGCUCUAGAAGGAGUUUGGGUAUUAGGAAAUUACAUCCAGAAGAAGUCAGUCCUGCUAAAGAGCCCCCGCCUCAGUCCAGCAGCAGCAUCAAAAGUCAGGGUCAGAACGACUCCGCGCCCUCCAGAAAACCAGGCAGACCUGCAAAAAUCAAAAUCUCCGGGAUCUCAGUCACUGUUACUGCUGCAUCACCUCGACGCCGCCAGAUUCAGAUAAACCGAGAGACCCGGGUAUCACCUAAAACACAGCCUCCGAAGAAAGCACCCCCGCCAGAGUCUGCGGAGGAGGACUCUUGCACAGGCAGCAGCCAGAGACCCACUGAAACGAGUCAAACGGAGGUGAUGGAAACAAGGAAUAGGAAUAAAUGUGAACCGCCAAAUCAGACUGUAGCCCUGAGGCACCCACAAAGGGAGAGGAAACCCUCGAUACACCUCCUGCAUGCUGUUGCCACCUCCCCCUCCAGGUGGUACAAGUGCAGCCACGCUCUGGUGCGGCGCUCCCGGCAGCUUCUCAUGAACAAGGCAAGCAAUGAAAAGAGACAGGAGGAGCAACAGGCGAGUGCAGAAUCUCAGGCAGUGAAAAGACAGCCCUGCAGAAAAGAGAGACAAAGGGUCACCCAAGAGCUGAACAAGGUGGCAAAGAUUUCAUUGGACUCAAUCUUUAGCCCAAGGAAGACGGUCCGCUGGUGGGCGGCAUCGGCGAAGGAGCAGACGAUGAACCAGGAGCUUGCCAGACGAAUAAGAGCCAUCUCUGAGACGUGGGUCGCUGCCGAUGAACAAAACAAAGUGGUCCAAACGUCUCCCCUUGACACUGCGGGGGACAGCCCGGUCACCAGCAAGUCCAAAAUCUCCUCUGCGGUCCGCGCGCUGUUCGACUGCUCGACCAACGAGCCAAGGUCCUGUAGCAUGCAGCAGAUCAGCUACUGGUUCAUGCAGACCACCGAGACGCAGUCGCUGGCCAUUGUCAAGAAGGCAAGCUCCCGCAAUCCCUACGAGCUCAUGCACUUCCCGCGCUCCACCAGUAAAGAAAGCGUCCGCCACAGUCCCCAGGCGGAACGACUCCACAAGCACAUCAAAAAGUUCCCCAGGGCCGUGCCCAUAAGUCCUCUGCAGCACCGGCAGGCUCAGCUACGUCUGAGGAAGAAGAAAAGGGCUCGGCGGAUACGCGGACGACUGUUCGUCUCCAGCCUGGCGGCGGGCGUUCACACUCGAGGGCUCAUGUGGUGGAGAUCUAGCUUGUCCGCUCAGUUUCGGGCCACACUGUUUAGAGUGAGGAGAAGGUUCCUGACUCUGAGAGAGCGGGAGAGGUGGCAAAGGUGGAAAGGUAAGAAACAAAGGAGAAGAAAAACGCCCCGCUCAAACGGGCCUGUGGCAUCUGCCCUGCAGCCCGACGGGUCAGCGAAGCGUCCGCUGCCCGACUCCCUCCGGAACGGCUCUGUCGAUCAAACCCUGAAGCGCGGGGACGUCCCCAAAGAGCAGAAGCUCUCUUCGAAAGCCUGGAGUCCCGAGAAGCUGAAGGAAUGCCGCGUGUUUCUGAGAAAGAUCAACUCUCCGGACAGCGAGUCGGCUGAGGAGGAGGGGGACUCUUGCACUGUGACACUGGAUAACGGCUCGCCUUCUACGGACCUCUUUGAAGGGGAGGAGAAGGGCCUGGGAGGAGCCGCUAAAGCUGUGAGAAACGGAAGAAAAAGGAGCUCGAACAAGAGGACAUGCUCGACAAACCUGUCCGAUCCUGCACCCAGAUCCACGCCAAAAGGGAAGCAGAGGGCCAAACACAAACAAGCCGAGGUAGCACCCCCCUCAGAAGAACCACCACCAGCAAAAGUGUUGAGACAAUCGCGGAUGAGGGGCCUUACCGGGCUGAGAUGGUGCGACUUUGUGUUUGAAACCUAAAUGAAGGGAGGGGGCUCCUCCCCCCUGGGAACGAGGCUGCGGUUCUAACCUGGUGCCUUCGGACAUUGAGCUGACGGCGCGGACUGGGCCGCCUCACUACGGUUCAGUCUUACAGUCAGCAGUUAUGCAGCAGCCUAACUUAAGCAAGCUCGAUGUUGCACUAUUUCUAUCCAUGGACAUGUAUGUGCUUCUUUUUCUCUGAGACGUGUAUAUUAGAACAACACAUUACUUUUAAAGAGUUUUAAUGGGUUUAAUAUUUAUAACGUGUGUCACCUUGUCGUAAGGAAAGACGGAGGUCGACUGCAUCGGCACGGCGCCCUCUGGUCUCCCCCUCCAUAUGAAGGUCAACGCCACUUAUCUCCUUUCGAUUUGUAAUCUUAAUAUUUAAAAAAAAUAAUAAUAAUAUUGAUAAUAAUCACUCCUGCUUUAAAACUUGUCAAACAUAUACACUUUAUAUUUUCAACAGCAGCUCUUUGUUUGUAGCACUCUUAAGAGUCCUAAAUCCUUUUUAUCAUGUUUAAACGUUGGACAAAACAACGUUGAAGCCGUUUUUUCUUUUAAAUCCGAGCCCUUAGCUUGUUUUACUUUUUGAUUUAGCAGACAACAAAGUGUACUUUUUAAUGAAGGAACUGUCUUUGCUCCAUUCUAACUCAAUUGACACUUUAUUUAUGUCCGUUUACUGAGCUAGUAAUUGGUCGCCCUUACUAAAACCCGGUUGUCUCCGUUGUUGCUCCUCCGCCUGCGCUUGCAGCGGCUCCAUGGUCGGCGUCGUGGACACGAACUGCUGAGUCUGGCCAUUUGUGCUUCGUCUCCAUCUAGUCACCUGUGUUUCUCCUCCUCCUCCUCCUCCAGCAUUAGUUGCUGCUUGAUGUACCUCCUACACUAUUCCACGUGAGAUUGUUCCUCCCUCUACACAGUCCUCCCUACCCCCCCUCUUCCAUGUUUUGCACAUCCCGCCUCUAGGUCCUACUGUAUACUUAAAAACUCUCUUCUCUCUUUGGUGCAAUACAAACCCAGAUGAUUUAUCAUUAUUUAGAAAUUAUUUUAUUUUAUUGCUGACAGACGAAUGGAUGUACCCAGCUGCCGACGGCCUGGGAUGUUUUUCACCGGUGUCCAUUGACACGUAACGAGACUUUAACCCUGUGUGAGUUCCCCUGUAGACACGGAUGUCCUUACACUGUACGUCAACUUGUAAUGGGUUAAAACAUGCUAUUCUAUCUGCUUUUUUUUUUCCUCUCUCUCCAACAAGCAGGAAAACUAACAGACCCCUUUUCACCGUAGCACUAAAUCAUAUUAUACUUCAAGCAUUAUUCACAGUAUAUGAACAGAUGGAAGACGUUACUGCUUCUCUGGUGUUUUGUUUUCUUUCCUUAAGAUGGCUACCUCCGCUGAGGCUGCGCUAUAGCCUACCGCUGUUUAGCUUACUGGUCAUCGCCGAGGCCAGAGAGUCGAUCCGCCAACACUAAGCGGGGGAAUCCGUUUGUUUCUCUCUCCUGCUGUCUGUGUAAGAGCGCACAGAUCCGAAUCACGCAGCUUUAGGUCAAAACCAUGAGUAUUACGGCCGGUCGCCCGUCUGCAUAGGUUUGUCACCGGCCGCCGUUUCAUCAUAAGGGAGGUUGUAAGGCGCGGUCUUGUGGUGAGUAACCCUGGUUGUAAACGUUUUUUUUUAUAAGUUUUUAUACGGUGCAUUGCAGAUGCAUCAAGAGGUGUCUGUAACUGGAUCAAUAAAAGUCUUUUCAAGUAAA